AUGUCUAGAAUCCCACCAUUCGACUCCAACUCGUUUUUUUCGAAGCCAGACACAAGUCACGCCAGCAAGGCGGCUGAGCAUCAGGAAACCACAGAUGCAUGGGUCCAUAACACUAAGCCACCCCUUUUCUGGGAAUUUAUCUCCGCGCACCCAAUAUCCCUCAAAUUGGAAAACAUGAAAGCCGCGCUUAGCGCCGGCGCUGAUCCAAAUGAGAUGGACCACGAGCGUGAUCCACGCCGCAGUCUCGGUCGGCCUCUUCAUUGCGCUAUGGGGGACUGGGGCGACCCUGUCCAUGUGAAAGAAAACAUCCCAGCAAUCAAGCUACUGCUCGAACAUGGUGCUGAUCCCCGCCUGCCGGGUCCAGAGGUCAAGCCUGCAUCUUUAGGGCUGCAAUCGCCCUUGGAAUAUGCAAGGCGACUAGCGAUGCGCGAGUGGCGGGGGAAGGGCGAACUCUUGGAUUGCGGGUAUUAUGCAGAAGCUUAUCGCGUUAUGAAAGAGGCUGCUGAUGAUCUAGAUUGGCGCGAUGCACCGACGAAAGGAGGGGUUGUGGACUCGGUACUCGGUAUCUUUGGCGUUCGGUAG